GGCACUUCCGGGCGGGAAUUUCGGGGGACGGAGCGGCGGCCGCGGGCGGCUCCCGGCCCCAUGGCGCAGCGCAUCCUCUCGCUGGCGGCCCAGGACGGCCCCGAGCGGCUGCAGGAGGCCCUGCAGAGCCUGGCGGAGGGCGAGCUGGGGGACAUGGUGACCAGGCAGGCCCUGAAGGGGAGGGAGACGGCGGCUCUGCUGAGAGGGAUCUUCAAAGGCUCCCCCUGUUCCCAGAGAAGCGGUGUUCUCAGGAGACUCCAGGUUUACAAGCACUGUGUCCCACUAGUGGAAUCAGGGGACCUGCAUUUGAGCAAGGUGUCUGAGAUCAUAGGACUGCUGAUGCUGGAGGCCCGCCAGCUGCCAGGCCACGCGCUAGCAGAGCUUGCCAGCCUGUUUGUGGAUGUCAUUAAAGGGGGCAGCCUGACCAAUGGGAAAUCCUUGGAGCUGUUUUCCACUGUUCUCACGGCCCUGGCCAGUUCAAAGGAGAACCUGGCUUAUGGGAAAGGUGAACUGACUGGGGAAGAGUUUAAGAAACAGCUGAUAAAUACCCUCUGCUCCAGCAAGUGGGAUCCUCGGUGUGUGAUACAUCUUGCCAACAUGUUCAGGGAUAUUCCACUAUCAGGAGAGGAGCUGCAGUUUGUGGUGGAAAAGGUCCUUAGGAUGUUCUCCAAGUUAGACCUGCAGGAAAUUCCCCCUCUGGUCUAUCAGCUGCUGCUGCUUUCUGCAAAGGGCAGUAAGAAGACUGUUUUGGAAGGAAUCAUCAGUUUUUUCAAUCAGCUGGAUAAGAGACAGAAGGAAGAACAGAGGGUUCCUCAGUCAGUGGACCUUGAGGUGGCCACAAUGCCCCUGGACCAGCUCCGUCACGUGGAAGGCACCGUUAUUCUCCACAUUGUUUCUGUCAUCAACCUGGACCAGGACCUGGGUGAGGAGCUCAUUAGACAUCUGAAGACUGAGCAACAGAAGAACCCUGGUAGAGCCCUGUGUCCCUUCAGUGUGGCUCUUCUGCUGUCAGUUGCUGUAAAACACAGACUGCAAGAGCAGAUAUUUGAUUUCUUGAAAACAUCAAUCACAAGAAGCUGCAAGGACCUGCAGUUCCUUCAGGCCUCCAAGUUUCUGCAGGAUUUGUUUCCUCAACAGUAUGAUAUAACUGCUGUCAUUCUGGAAGUGGUGAAAAAUAGUGCAUUUGGUUGGGACCAUGUUACUCAGGGCCUGGUGGAUCUUGGCUUCAGCCUAAUGGAAUCCUAUGAACCAAAAAAGCCCUUUGGAGGAAAAGCUGCUGAUAACACUUAUGGCCUUUCAAAAAUGCCAGCCCAGCAGGCUUGCAGACUGGGAGCAAGUAUCCUGCUGGAAACGUUUAAGGUUCAUGAGCCCAUCAGAAGUGAUAUUCUUGAGCAGGUCCUGAACAGAGUCCUCACAAAAGCAGCAUCUCCUGUCAGCCACUUCAUAGACUUGCUGUCCAAUAUUGUUGUGUCUGCUCCUCUCGUGCUUCAGACUUCAUCCUCCAAAGUCACAGAGACCUUUGACAAUUUGUCCUUUCUGCCCAUUGACACAGUGCAAGGGCUUCUCCGGGCAGUACAGCCUCUGCUCAAAGUCAGCAUGUCAGUGAGGGACUCCCUGAUACUUGUUCUCCAAAAAGCUAUCUUUUCCAGGCAGCUCGAUGCUCGUAAAGCUGCAGUCGCUGGCUUUUUGCUGCUGUUAAGAAAUUUUAAGGUUCUGGGCAGCUUGGCCUCUUCCCAGUGCAGCCAGGCCAUUGGUGCCACUCAGGUCCAGGCAGAUGUUCAUGCCUGCUAUAAUUCUGCAGCUAAUGAGGCCUUCUGCCUAGAAAUCCUGGGCAGCCUGAGGCGAUGUUUGAGCCAGCAAGCAGACGUUCGACUCAUGUUAUAUGAGGGUUUUUAUGAUGUCCUUCGCAGGAACUCCCAGCUGGCCAGCUCUGUAAUGGAAACACUGUUGUCUCAGAUAAAGCAAUAUUACCUGCCCCAGCAAGACCUCCUGCCUCCACUCAAACUGGAGGGAUGUAUUAUGGCUCAGGGAGAUCAAAUCUUUCUGAAAGAACCACUGGCCCACCUGCUCUGCUGCAUCCAGCACUGUCUUGCCUGGUACAAGAGCACUGUGCGUCUGUGCCAAGGAGCUGAAGAUGACGAGGAGGAGGAGGAGGAGGAGGGUGUGGGAUUUGAGCAAGACUUUGAAGAGAUGUUAGAAUCUGUCACACGACGAAUGAUCAAGAGCGAGUUGGAAGACUUUGAACUGGAUAAAUCAGCAGAUUUUUCGCCGUCUUCUGGUGUCGGUGUGAAAAAUAACAUCUAUGCCAUUCAGGUGAUGGGAAUUUGUGAGGUUCUGAUUGAAUACAAUUUCAACAUCGGGAAUUUCAGUAAGAACAAGUUUGAGGAUGUCCUAGGCCUGUUUACAUGUUACAACAAACUCUCUGAAAUCCUGAGGGAGAAAGCUGGAAAGAACAAAUCUUCUUUGAGCAACAAAACUGCACGGAGCUUCCUGUCCAUGGGUUUUGUAUCUACUCUGCUCACAGCUCUGUUCAGGGACAAUGCCCAAAGCCACGAGGAGAGCCUGGCUGUGCUGCGCUCCAGCACCGAGUUCCUGCGCUACGCUGUCAGCGUGGCUCUGCAGAAGGUGCAGCAGCUGGAGGAGACGGGACAGACGGACGGACCAGAUGGACAAAAUCCAGAGAAGAUGUUCCAGAACCUCUGCAAAAUCACGCAGGUUCUGCUUUGGAGGUACACUUCAAUUCCGACCGUUGUUGAAGAGUCAGGGAAGAAGAAAGGCAAAAGCAUUUCACUUCUGUGCUUGGAAGGUUUGCUGCGGAUCUUCAACACGGUGCAGCAGCUGUACUCUGCCAAGAUCCCCCAGUUUCUGCAAGCCCUGGAUAUUACUGAUGGUGACGCAGAAGAAACGGAUAUUAAUGUCACAGAGAAAGCUGCCUUCCAGAUCCGACAGUUUCAGAGGUCCCUGGUGAACCAGCUCAGCAGUGCUGAAGAUGACUUCAAUGCCAAGGAAACACAGUCACUCAUCACUGUUCUCUCCACAUUGUCCAAACUCCUGGACCCAGCCUCACAGCAGUUCCUUCAGUUCCUGACUUGGACAGUCAAAGUUUGCAAAGAAAAUGCUCUUGAGGAUAUUUCUUGCUGCAAGGGUUUGCUGUCUCUGCUCUUCAGUGUCCACGUUGUCUACAAGAGCCCUGUUGGUCUCCUGCGGGAACUUGCACAAGACAUCCAUGCCUGCCUGGGAGAUAUAGAUCAGGACGUAGAAGUGGAGGGUCGGUGCCAUUUCGCCAUAGUGAAUGCCAAGACUGCAGCCCCCACUGUCUGUCUGCUGGUUCUGGGUCAGGUGGAUAAGGUCCUUGAGGAGGUGGAUUGGCUUAUCAAGAAACUCACCAGUCUGGGGUCAGACACAUCAGAAGACUCCUCUCAGGCAUCAAACCAAAGUCAGGCUCUGGAGAAAGGUGUAAUUCUGCAGCUGGGAACUCUUCUGACAGUCUAUCAUGAGCUGGUGCAGACUGCACUCCCAGCAGGGAGCUGUGUGGACACACUGCUGAGAAGCCUCAGCAAGACAUACGCAAUUCUCACCUCCCUCAUCAAACACUAUAUCCAGGCUUGCCGCAGCAGCUCAACUACCAUCCCAGGAAGACUGGAAAAGCUGGUGAAGCUCUCAGGUUCCCAUCUGACCCCACAGUGUUACUCAUUCAUUACUUACGUACAGAACAUCCACAGUGAGAGCUUAAGCUUUGUAGAAGAGAAGAAAAAGAAGAAGAAAGAGGACGAAGCUGCUGCAGUCUCCACAGUAAUGGCCAAGGUGCUUCGGGAGACCAAGCCAAUCCCAAACCUGAUUUUUGCAAUUGAGCAAUAUGAGAAGUUCCUUAUCCAUCUCUCCAAGAAGUCAAAGGUGAACUUGAUGCAGUACAUGAAGUUAAGCACCUCCCGGGAUUUCCGCAUCAACGCCUCCGUGCUGGACAGCGCCCUGCAGGAGCGGAACUCGGAGGAUGCUGAGAACGAGCCACACAACGACCAGAGCAGCACAGCGGAGCAGACAGAAGAGAACCAGGAACCCAAAAAGAAGAGACAGAGAAAAAAAUAAACUGGGGUUGCUGCCACUGCCUCCUCUCACAGUGCCUGUUCCAUGGUGGACUUGUUUUGGUCUCAGAGGCUGCAGAUAUGGAGAUGAUGGUUUAUUGCUUCUCUUGCCAAAUACUUAUGCCUUCUUCUUUUGUGUCCACGGGAGCGACUCUGGCCCCUGUCUCAGGUUUCACAGCUGGCUGCUGCCAUCAGAAGUACCUCUGCUAUUUGAAUCUUCCUCAGACACAUCCCUUCUUACAGCAAAAUGGAAAGGGAGCAGCUGGGAUCAGUCAGUCCCUGCCAAAAGAUCGGCUUCUGAAAGGACAGGGAGGCUUUGGCACGUGGUGUGGACAACUGUCCUGGCACUCUGGUGUCGUCACUGCUUCUCCAGCGAACCUUUGGUUAUUUCAAUUAUCUGAUAUAUAUCCAGUGCUUCCCCUGGAAGACAAGGGGACAGUCAGUUCCCUGCAGUACACUCAGACUGCGACGCAAGAGAGUGAUGGUUGGGAUUCACUUUAGUUCAGGGCAUCUAGCACAGAAUGCCCUAAAUUUAUUCAAACUUCAUUUUUGGGUGGUGGUGAGAAUGCAAAACCCAGCACCAGCAGGGAGCUGGGAACAUGAGCUGCUCUGCCUUGGAGUUGAAGCUGCUGUGUGCAUCUCCUGAGCAGCGAGAGGCCACAGCUUCCUCUGCCCAGGCUGGUUUUGCUGUUACAUUUUUGCUGACCCUGAUUGUGAUGCACUUGUUCAGUUUGCCUUGUUGUUGGUGAAAAGUGCCCUUUUUGCCUACAGAGCACAAAUCCUGUUUCUGAAAGCACCCUUUGCCUGUAAGAGUCCUAAUAAAGGUUACUUAAGGGCA